CGGCAGCGCUGUGGCCCCGCCCCCUUCUCCAUUGACGGCAAAAUGGCGGCGGGCGACUGUGAUGCUGUGAACAUGGAGCCCGACAUGGACCUGCUCAGCGACGACGAGAUCGAGAGGGACGCCGAGGGCUUCAAAGAGCAAGGCAAUGCCUUUUAUAUCAAGAAAGAUUACGCAGAAGCAUUCAAUUUUUACACCAAGGCAAUAGACAUGUGUCCAAAGAAUGCGAGUUACUAUGGGAACCGGGCGGCCACAUUAAUGAUGUUGUGCCGGUAUAGAGAGGCUCUAGAGGAUUCCCAGCAAGCAGUACGGCUAGAUAACACCUUCAUGAAGGGCCAUCUGCGAGAGGGCAAGUGUCACCUGUCUCUGGGCAAUGCCAUGGCUGCCAGCCGCUGUUUCCAGAAGGUUCUGGAGCUGGAGCCAGACAACAGCCAGGCCCAGCAGGAGGUGAAGAUUGCAGAAUCCAUCCUCGAAUAUGAGAGAAUGGCAGAGAUUGGAUUUGACAAGCGAGACUUCAGGAUGGUUGUCUUUUGCAUGGACCGUGCCUUGGAGUCUGCCGCAGCCUGUCACAGGUUCAAGAUACUGAAGGCAGAGUGCUUAGCCCUGCUGGGACGCUACCCCGAGGCUCAGUCUGUUGCCAGUGAUAUUCUGCGAAUGGACUCCACGAAUGCGGAUGCACUGUACGUGCGCGGUCUUUGUCUCUACUAUGAAGACUGCAUCGACAAGGCGGUCCAGUUCUUUGUUCAGGCCCUGCGCAUGGCCCCGGACCACGACAAGGCUCGGCUCGCAUGCAGAAAUGCCAAAGCACUUAAAGCCAAGAAGGAGGAGGGGAACAAGGCGUUCAAGGAGGGGAACUACGAGGCGGCCUAUGAGCUGUACUCUGAGGCACUCACAAUAGACCCCAACAACAUCAAGACUAAUGCCAAGUUGUACUGUAAUAGAGCCACUGUUGGGUCCAAGCUGAAGAAACUAGAACAGGCCAUUGAAGACUGCACAAACGCCAUUAAACUGGAUGAGACCUACAUCAAGGCCUAUUUACGGAGAGCACAGUGCUACAUGGAAACAGAACUGUAUGAAGAGGCAGUGCGAGACUACGAGAAAGUUUACCAGACAGAGAAGACAAAAGAACAUAAGCAUCUCCUGAAACAUGCCCAGCUGGAGUUGAAGAAAAGCAAGCGGAAAGAUUACUACAAAGUGCUCGGGGUGGAUAAGAAUGCCACAGAAGAGGAGAUCAAGAAAGCUUACCGCAAACGGGCACUGUUACAUCACCCAGAUCGUCACAGCAGCGCUACGUCUGAGGUGCAGAAAGAAGAGGAGAAGAAGUUCAAGGAGGUGGGCGAGGCCUUCAGUGUGCUCUCAGACGCAAAGAAGAAGUCUCGCUACGACAGCGGUCAGGAUCUGGAGGAAGAAGGCAUGAACAUGGGAGAUUUUGAUGCCAACAACAUUUUCAAGGCUUUCUUCGGAGGCCCAGGGGGUUUUAGUUUUGAAGCUUCUGGACCAGGGAAUUUCUUCUUCCAGUUUGGUUAAUUGGAGGAUUCGUCCACCAAAACAAUUACUACACCAGGACUUUUCAACAAUGUCAACCCCCUUGACCCACCAUCCGUAUUUAAUGACUGACUAGUUGCAAGUCAGAUUCUUUUAUAUGCCAUUGACUGAAUGAAUACAACCCAAACAACCACAUGCAGCAAGUGAUUUAAUGCCCAUAUAGCAAAGACACCAAGAUUAUCUCUCAGACUGACUUGGUAAGUGUUACUGGCUUUGGAUUUUGGUUUUCUAACUUUGCGGAAUGAAACAAACUUGAGAGCCAGUAAUGGCUGGCAACACUGGUCCAAAUGAUUUCAGGAUUUUAAGGGAUAGAAGAGAUUGUGCAGCUAUAGCAUCAGAGCUCUUAGGGAUCCAUGCAGGAAGUGACGUCCUCGGGGAACUCUUUGAGAUGCAACUGAGCAUUGAUCAAAAAGCUAUUAUCCACCUCAACUUACCGCAGAGGGGGUUUUCUCUGCAUGAAAAGUAAUUGCUGAGCAAGCAGCACCCCGCCCCCUUUUGAAGAAUGUCAGACAGACAGAAGUUGGCUGCUACGAAUUCACACUUGAUAACCGCCUACUUGUCAUGAGCCAAUUUUUUUAAUUCACACAGCUGGAGCCUAGAGCGACACGUACAGUACAGUGGAAGCACAAUAGAAAGUCGGUAGUGGAGACAUCUGCACUGGCCUCGUUGCCGGCAAAGUCCCUCCCUUUUGUUUUCACAGGUUUUAUGUUUGAUGUUGCCAUUCACAGAUUGCUGCAUUGUACAUUUUACUGGAAUGUAAAGUGUUGACUUGUGAUUUUUUUUUUUUUUUUAAUUUUAAAAUGUAUAUUUAUUGUAAAAAAAUUGCUGUCUGAUAGGACCAUCGGUGAAAGAUGAGGACUCUUUUCUAUUAUGUAAAAAAAAUACGCACCUAGUGCGAGCAUCCCUUUGGCACGAAAUCAGGAAGAUGGUCCGCAUGAAAUGCUGCACAGAAAAUACAGUACGCUCUUUAUAUUCGUUAACAGCGAUUCCAACCUGCCUAAUAUUUUACUCAAUGCAACAGAUUAGCGAUACGUGUUGAACAAUGACGUGUUCAUACCGUCAUCCCAGAAAGUCGGGCAGUGUGAUGAUGAAACCCAGUUGAGUUCAGUUGCGUCCUGAUGAGUGUGUUGUUCUGUUGGUCUACUUAAUGAAGAAAAGAAAAGCAUUCUCAUCUUCGCCCUCAUUGUUUUUGCCCUUAUGGUGAAACCAUCCUCUCUUUACCCUUGAAAAGUUACAGCCAUGUCAAUAAAGUUGGCCUCCUCUGGAUCCCCCUUAA